CACUGUCGCCGUGGACCGCUCGCUGCGCUCUAAAGUUUGGAGCAUGCGCACUGCUGCGGCAAAUCAGCUAGUUAAACAAUGGUUAGCUUUAUGCGGCGAUAGCAUCAAGAACAGUGAACCAUAGAAAAAGGACAAUAAAUAUUUAUAUAUUCAGAGGUGGAGGAUUGUCCCAGGUUAAAGAAGACCCAUAAUGUUGAACCCAACCAACGGUGACCCAGGCCAUGUAGUUGUCAAUUAUGUUGAGGAGUAUUUGGAUCUGGUGGAGUCUCUGCCUUUUGACUUGCAGAGGAGCGUUUCCCUCAUGAGGGAAAUUGAUGCCAAGUAUCAAGAUGUGCUGAAGGAGCUGGACGAUGCUUAUGAAAAGUAUCGGCGUGAGUCCGACCCACUUCAGCGUCGGAAGCUCCAGUUAUCCAUUCAGAGGGCACUGAUCCGCAGCCAGGAGCUUGGGGAUGAAAAAAUUCAGAUUGCUGGGCAGAUGGUGGAGUUGGUGGAGAAUCGAACACGACAAAUUGACUGGCAUUCUGAACUCCUUGUUUCCUCCCAAGAAGUCCCAGAAAAUCAUGUUACCACGACAACAUCUAUGACAACCAGUGCAGCAUCUUUGAUGUCCUCGUCAUCUUCGAUGGUUACCCCAGGGAAAUCCAGCCACAACGACAAGAAGCGUGAUGAGGUCACCCCGGGUUCUGGCUGCGCAGACAAAGCUGGAGGAAAACGCUUAAGGCGGCAGAAAAAUGGAGAAAGCAGAGAAUGCUACGGAGCUCUGGAUCAUGCGGAGGAAGUAGGUACACCUCGGGAAAAGAGGGCCAAAACGUCAUCCAAGAAGAAGAAAAGAUCUAAAGGAAAGUCGGAGAGGGAGGUGUCUCCUCCAGACCUGCCCAUCGACCCGGAUGAGCCGACGUACUGUCUGUGUGAGCAGGUCUCCUACGGCGAGAUGAUCGGCUGUGAUAAUGAUGAGUGUCCCAUUGAAUGGUUUCAUUUCUCCUGUGUGGGGCUCAAUCACAAGCCCAAAGGAAAGUGGUACUGUCCCAAGUGCCGAGGUGAAAAUGAAAAGACCAUGGACAAGGCUCUGGAACGGGCUAAAAAGGAGCGAGCUUAUAACAGGUAGCUUACUCAGCCCAGGUCAGUAAACAGAUGUCUUGGAUUCCAUUUAAAAUGGAUGCCGUGUUGCAGUAUUGUAUAGAUAAGAGGGAUCUAAUUUAAAAGGUUAUUUUUGUAACUGCUGGAGGACCGAGGAACAAAAUGAGUCUAUCUGGGUUGUUUGUGAAGAAUCGCCACAGUAAACCUGCUUGUUCUUGUUCUGCAUUUGCAUCCCUUGUUUCCAUUGUGCGUGCAGCAUUGUGUUCAACAUUGUGGACUCAUUUAAUAAAUAAAUCAUUUAUAG